AUGUCUCCGAGGACUGCCGCCGCCAUGAUACGAAUGCGUCUUGUCAUUAUUUCCCUUACUAUCACUUGGCUGGCCCUUGCUAGUCUCAGUUCGGCCAUUGUACACUUUGCGGUCGUCCUGCGAGACUGUGUAAAAUCCGACCUCGUCACCCCGACCGACUCUAUAUUGGACAUCACAUUCCAAAAUCUUAUGGACAACGUCGUCGACGGCAUGGUGAUUGCGGCCCUGGUUUCAGCCCUGUUUUCUAUCUUCGGGUUAAUCCUUGUGAUCUACCCGAAGUGGCUAUAA